AUGACCCUGCUGCGAGUUCUUAUAUCCCUUUGGUUUCUCGCUUCAGCCAAGACGCUGAAUUCAGGCUAUUUCGAGCUGUGUUCUACUAGACUGCCAUCGCCAUCCAUUUCAGGCCACGUUCAAAAGGAGAAGGCGAGGAGGAACAGCUCCAUCGGACAUUCUUGUGAGCGUGGUAUCGGCACCAUCGUGUGGUAUCCGGACGGAUCUUCUUUCUGCUGCCCGGCAGACGCAGCAUGGUGUGGUGGCUGUGCCGCACCGACCACAGACGGGACUGCUUGCGGCGAGUGCAUAGGUGGCUGGACGCUGGAGGACGGGCAAUGCACGGCCUGUAUGGACUAUCUCGGCUGGCAUGACGAGCACGGUAGGAAUUGCUUUGCUGCCUCACAGGGCGCAGACGGCUGCAGCUCAGACCGUUUCCACGGUGCUUCUGCCAGAACCGCUUGUUGCGGCUGCGGUGGUGGUCUGCGGGCCGCGACUCCGUUUCGAUACUACACCGAGCCGCUGCUGAUUGGGCAAAGCGCUGUGACCGGCCACCCACUUCCACGAACGGCGUCCCACUACUCCGUUGAUGCGGACUGCAAGCUGCUAGAGUUCAACCUCACUAUUAACGGCAGAACCGGGCAACUUCAACUCCAACAUGGCUGUGACUCCGUCGGGUGUGGUCGAGCCAUGGUUGACUUCCAGGUAACCUGCAUUGUGACGGCUCAUCAAGGCGACUUGGAGGCAUCAGCGCAGCUUCACAUCCUUGCUUCCAACUUCCUGGUCUACGAAAGUUUGGCGCUCGUCGUGACCGACGGCACGAAGAGAUUUCCCGCUCGCUUUCAUUUCGGCGCGCAUCUUGGAGGCCUGGCCCUCGCGUGCAUUCCGACUCCUGAAGAGCAAGAAGCACCAUGGCAACUGGAAGCCGACGGGUCCUUGAGUGUCGAUGCGUCGCGGAGAUCCAAGACAGGGCUCACCAACCUGACCUUGCCAUGGCUCUCAUCGGCGCCAGGGGGCCUUUGCCAGGUCCGCAACGCGUCCAACCAGACAUUCAACAUGCUGGUCGUUCUGCCAGAGACAUGGGCCAAGAUUGAAUAUCCGCAUGACACUCUGUAUGUCACGCCCGGCGCCAGCUUCGGGCCGCCCCUGAACCCAAGCAGCGGGGGCGACGGCCACGUAGCACCCACCCGCUUUUCGGCUCACUGCGAAGCCAAGACAGUGGCCAUUGAUGUUGUUUUCGACGAGCUGACAGGUGUGGCAUCGGCGGCUGGAUUCACGCUGUUUCAUCUGAAUGUGCAGACGGGGGCAUUGAAGUUGACUCCAGAGGAAAGAGUCGCAAAACUCUUAGAUGGGUUUCAGUCGAAAUCCCACCGGGGGCGUUUGGAGCUGUCCUGCAAGAUCUUAGGGCUCUUCGAGUGGCAAGUCGGGGUGCCCGUGCCGCCUAUUGUUGCGAGCGUGGACGUGUUGGUGCAGGAUUCAACCUGCUGGCAAGACACACAGAUUCCCCAGGCACAUGUGGUGCAGACUCUCAGCGGUAUUUCAGAAGGAGACUGCCGUGGAGCUUGCCGUUCGGACGUGCGAUGCGGGGCCUACAACUGGCAGUCACAGAAAUGUCAUUUCCUUGCUCCGUGCGGCCCGAAUCCCGUUGAGGACUGCCAGCUGUUCUCGGCAUAUGUGAAGAUCACGAACUGCAGCGCCGAGCACACGUGCAUGAACCUAACUGGCUCGAAGCCAGUAUGGCUCUACAGUGGCCUCUUCUGUCCCAUCGCCUUCGAGAGGGCCGUGGGCUCUUCCGCAGGUUGGGUCUUCCGGAAGAGUGUGGCAACGCCGCAAGAUGUGUUCUACUUGGCUCCCGAGACGAGUGACGCUGCCAAGUGCGACGGGGGGCUGCUGUUGAUCAGGAGCAACAGAACCUGGGAUUUCGAGAAUACAAGCUCCAAGUACAUCGAGCUCUUUGGCGAGCACGUUGCUUGCCUCACGGCGGACGUUCCACACGGCGUGGUGCAGGCUACCUUUGACAAGGGCAGGCAGGACUUGAAGAUCAAGAACGAGCAGACCUUCAUCGGCAAAGGCCUGCAGCUGACCUUGAGGCCGCAGGCGUGCCAGGCUCCAGUCCUGUCGCCGGAGAUGUCAGAAGCGCUCAUGGUCGACGAUCCGAGUACCGCCACGGACAUGGACUACACUCUGCAUGCCUGCGACUGCUUUCCCGAGAGCUGGACGGGCGACCCGGUGACUCCCAAAAGUGCUGGCCAGCUGCCGCCGGGCAGUGACAACGAGUACGUGCCGUUGGCCAUUGAGAUUGCCAAAGGCUCGUUGGUCUGCGAGCAGGAGUCCUUGCUGGCCUUGUACAUGCUCGACGGGGCGCGCCAGGAGGAGUGCCACCAUGCCUGCCAGCUGAACACCAGCUGCCGAUUCUUCUGGAUGGGCUCAGCUGCCGCAGUAUCGCAGUGUCGGCUCUACACAGCUUGUCGGACUUUGCUCACAGAGGCAGGUGCCAGUGGCACUCUGGCAGCUCGAUCCACUGACAAAGUCUGCCGCCGUGCGGACCCAGAGAAGUGCUGGGCAAGUUUUCGGCGGGCCUUCCUGUUCGCCGGCACGAGCAAGUCUGGUCCCAGCGACUGUGCUCACCAGGUUGAUGUGGGUGGACCGGAGGGAGUUUUGAAGCCGUGGCUAUGCGGCUUUAGCGCACUGAGCCGUGGGAUAUAUCGCUUGCCCGGAACAUCCGGUGAGGCCUUGCUGGAGCAGUGCGACGUGAACUUGAUGAUGGGCGGCGAAGGAGUGGAGGACUGCCGGACAGCCCCGAGAAAGAGAGAGCCUCUGUUCCGGAAAUGCUCAAUGUGCAGGACUGCUCACGCUGCGUCUAUGCUUCUCUUGGCUCGGGGCGAAGGCGAGAAGCACACCCUGCUCACAGGGCAAGGCUUCAAAUCGAAAGGCCUCUGA